CUGGAAACUGGGCCUGCGUCCGGAGCUCCUCCUGGGGGCCCGGUGCACGCUGUGACGGUGGUGACCCUGCUGGAGAAGUUGGCCACCAUGCUGGAGGCACUGAAGGAGAGUCAGGGCGGCCUUGCUCAGAGGCAGGGCGGCCUGGCAGGCUCCGUACGCCGCAUCCAAAGCGGCCUGGGCGCGCUGAGUCGCAGCCACGACACCACCAGCAACACGCUGGCACAGCUGCUGGCAAAAGCGGAGCGCGUGGGCUCGCACGCGGACGCUGCUCAGGAGCGGGCGGUGCGCCGCGCUGCCCAGGUGCAGCGACUGGAGGCCAACCACGGGCUGCUGGUGGCGCGCGGGAAGCUACACGUCUUGCUUUUUAAGGAGGAGGCGGAAAUCCCAACCAGAGCCUUCCAGAAAGCGCCAGAGCCCUCGGAUCUGGCGGACCAGUCGGAGUUGAGCCCAGAGCAGCCAGAAGCCGAAGAUGCAGAGAGCUCUGACGAAGAGCCGGUGGAGUCCAGAGCUCAGCGGUUGCGGCGUACAGGUUUGCAGAAGGUUCAAAACCUUCGAAGGGCCCUUUCGGGCCGGAAAGGCCCUGCGGCGCCACCAUCCACACCAGUCAAGCCGCCUCGCCUUGGGCCAGGCAGGAGCACUGAAGGCCAGCCUGAAGCUGUCCAGCCCACGCUGGAGUCCACGGUGGAGCCAGAGCCUCCGCAGGACACGGAGGAAGAUCCCGGGAGACCCGGGCCUGCUGAAGCAGCUGUGCUUCAAACAGAAAGUGCAGCCUGAUAGCUGGGUGCUACUCAAAUCCCCUGUGCUUAUGCCUUAUCCCAAAAUAAAUCCUUUCAGAAUGCAGCAUUCACGCCCAAAUAAGGAGCGAAUCCUGCAUCCACUGCCCAGCGAUGGCCCUCCGUUCCUGGCCCUCCCUUCCUUUUUCAGCCUAGUAUCUUGUGUCCUCUAACAGGAGAGGCGCAGCUUACACUUACUUGCACUCACAAUCAAUAAAAGUUAUUUCAUCUA